ACCAACGAUGGACCGAGUGUCAUCCUAUUUAGUUGUAUUUCAAGUUUUAUUUUUCAUCCUGCAUGUACAUUUGGACCAUAUCAAUGGGCAAUCUUUAUAUGAAACUCCUCGAGAAGACAAAUUAAAAGACUCAGAGGCGCAUUCCUACUACCGGAAAGUAUAUGAACGAGAACUUUUCCAUGAAAUCAGGAUCAACAAUUUGCAUAAGGAACUAGAAAUGAUUAGAGAUACAUGUACAACACCUGAUUUGCAAUCUACUUCACCAUCGUAUCAGAUACCAAGUCAGAAUAUAACUAGAGGAUCCAAAGGAAAAGGUUUUAUGCUUUUAUUUAUGAAAAAUAUAGUAAAUACAACAAAACAUGUAUACGUAACAUCGGAAAGUGACGUCCAAAUGAACAUCACAACCUCUUCUCGUCUAGAUCCCUCCUUAAAAAUGCACAUUGACAGGAAUAGUGUGGUCAAGUCCAGUCACCAUAUCAUUCUCCCGACUGAAUUUGACCUAAAUUACUUUCAAAAAGAAGUAAAGUCCGUUUUAAUUGAAACUUCCGAUGAUGUGAACGUUAUUAGUUUUGACAGUGGACAUGGGACUGUUGGAAGCACAAUGAACCUACCAAUUCAUAAACUUUCCACAAAAUAUAUAGUGACAUCAGUAACACCUUAUACUGGUCGGAAAAGUCAGCUAGCAGUUGUCGCUAUCCAAAACGGUACUUUUAUUUCAAUCACUUUUAAAAUGGCAGAAAAUGUUGUUUUAAAUAUUCAAGGCGACGCAUUUUACAACGGCAGUGUAUUUUAUUUAUAUCUCAACUCUUUUGAAACCUACCAAAUUGCCCAUGCGUCGGAUUUAACUGGAUCAGUUAUUGAGUCGUCGUAUCCUAUUGCAGCCUUUUCAGGGAACGACUGCAUUAAAAUGGAUGGUAUUGGAUAUUGUGACCACCUCGUGGCACAAUUGCCACCAACAGACGCUGUUGAUGAUACCUACAUAGUUCCCCCGAAUUCUGUUGGCAGGGAUACAGUUAUUCGCAUCACAGCGAUAGAAAAAACAGAAAUGUAUUACGUAAUCGGAACUGUCAAUAAAACUAUUUCGAUAGACAAAACUAAUUUUUUCGACACCCGGUUCUUUAGCAAGCAGACAUGCCUUAUUAAAUCUACACGACCCGUUUUAGUAACAGGAAUCGGAUUGGCUUCUAAAAUCUCAAAUUUGGGUGACCCAACGAUGACAAUUAUUCAAGGAAUCAACCAAUAUCUGAAUUACUAUAAACUAGUAAUACCCACAGGCUAUAUUAAUAAUUUUGUUUCUUUAAUGAUAAAAGAAUCAUCACAGGAUUUCAUCCGCAUCAAUAGUUCGGUAGUAACCGCAUGCAAUAUCGUUUUUGAGAAAAAUGUGCUACUUGGUAGUAACACUUACAACGUGAAAUCAAUACGAGUACCAGAAGGGGAUCUUACCGCGUUUACAUUAAACGGAGAAGUGUUUGGGAUCGUUGUCACGGGACUCAACAAAGAUGAAGCGUAUGGGUUUUCAGGAAACAUUUUGCUUCCGUAGUGUCCGUUCGUUUUAUUCAUAUUUGCUGUGAUGCAUUCAUAAAUAUCUACCAUUAUGUCAACAGCUAAAUGUGAGAAUAUUUGCUGAGUUUAUACGAUUAAGCCAUGGGCAGUGACUUCUAUCCAUUAAUAAUUAUUUUCGUUUAGUGCGUUAAUAUCCUCUUUAUUUAUGAGUUUUCAUUGUGUUCAUGUAACUCUCCAUGAUAUCAGCCCAACAUAUAGACGAUUAAGAUUAAUGGAUCCGUGUCCGAAAACUUAAAUAAGCAUUGCUUGGAUAUUUUAACUGCUUUGAACUUUAAUUUAUCAAUGUAUUUUACAUUCAGUUGUAUUGAUUAUUCAGACCUACUUGAUAGUUAUUAUUUUAUUUAGCUUAUUGAUGUCUUAUUAUGACUAUUAUAAAAAUACUAUGAAUGUCAAAGUGAUUACUGUGAAUUCCUUAUUUUACGAGUACUUAAUUCUGCGAUUCCGCUGUUUUGUAUCUAAUUGCGAAAAUAUAAAAUCGCGAGCACAUCUUUUUUGUACAGUUUAAAACUGUCUGAAAAAAUAAAAGCGAGGUUUUAAAAAUUCGCGAGAGUUCCUUCUCGCGAUAUUAAGCGGAUAUUACUUCCUCACAUUUAGUAAGAAUCCACAGGAAAUAAAAUGUUAAUUUCUUUUGAAGAUACAAAAUGAAUUGAAUGACGAAAUAUUUUGUUGUAACUACUGUAUAUACAAAUAUAACAAUCGGCUUUUACUUAAUAUUAUAUACUAAAUACAUGUAACAAUAACAACAAUUCACAGAUUUAGAGAGAAAGUUCAAACAAUCUAAAUGUUUCAUUUUUUGUACAUGCUUACUAUUUAUAGUUGCAAAUACAUUUCUUAUACAAACAAGAUAAGAAGCAAUCAUAUUCGUUCCUGUAUGAACGGUUCAACAUGUUAAGAUGUUGUACAUUUAUUCAGAUUGUGAAAUGAUUGUUGCACAUGCUUUUGCUUUGACUGUUGCGUAAUAACCAACACAAAUAUAAAAACACAGUUGUACUUAAAAUUUCAUAUAUUUUUUUUUUUCAAAUGUAAAUGCAAGAAUAAAUAGCACGGGUUGAGCCUAAAAUAGGGCAGUUUGAAUCAUUGCUUAAAUAUUUUUUACAAUAAAAAUACAAUACCGAAGUGAUAACGUAAUUGGUAAGGUGUUGCAAAAACCGUUAUCCAUUUCAAAUGUUAUAAAUAUUUAUUUCACUUUUAUUUCAAUUAAAUAGCCCAUGGAUCACUUAUAAUAAAACGCAAGUAAGUGUUGGCUGUUUAGAAUUCCUAAACACAUUUUGUCAUUUUGUAACUUAUUGAAUUAAAACAGAAUAACACAUCAAUGCAUGGAUAUCGGUAACUUCAAAUGUAUCAAUUUAUUACAAAUCCAAACAUGUCUGCAGAGUAUGCUCUCAUUAAUUUUAGAUAUGCUAUCUUAAUAUAA